GUGUGUCAACAUCCCUGUGAAGCGUGCUCUCGAUUCAUUCGAUUUUGGAUUGCAUUAUCUAUUUUUGUUAGAUUAUCUUUUUUUCACCAAACAAGAACUAUGCCAGCCAAAGCAUUUACUGCCAAUACUAAAGCCAGAACUCGUCUGUCAAGAAAGCAUCAGACUGCGGCUGCCAGAGAAGCAAGGCUAAAUCAUCUCAAACAAGCCACCACUCCAAAAACUUCUGCAACCACUUCCAACCCAUCUAUAGUUGAACCCACUGUUUCAGCAUCUAAGCGUAAGCUUUCUUUUUUUAGUGAGGAAAAUAUUACAGGUAUGGGGAUGGCUAUGCCAUCAACUUUUGUUUGCUUAGAAUCACUGAAAUCACUUUUUAUAAAUCUUCAGUGUUCAUCUUGUGGCACACAAAACUUAAAUCUAACCCAUGACCCAAAAAAAAACUCUGGGCUUGCCAUUUAUCUGCAGGUUUUCUGUACAACCUGCCAAGAGGUAAAAGGUGACACUUUUACAUCACCUAAAUCAGAUAAGAUCCAUACUGUCAACAGACAGGUUGUUGCAGCAUCUUUGGCUACUGGUAUGGGUCAUGCAGGGCUUGUUAAAUUUUCUGAAAUAAUGAAUGCGCCUGUGCUUCACAAAAAAUCAUUUGGGCAACACACUAAAUUUGUUUUCAGCCAGUCUGUUGGCUAUGUAAACCAGAUGCUAAAAGAAAGUGCCAGUACUGUAAGAGCUGCCUAUCCUGAACAAAGUAAUAAACAUGUCAUUGACAUUGAUGUAUCCUAUGAUGGUACAUGGCAGACACGGGGGCACUCUUCAAAAUAUGGUGUUGGGUGCAUAAUAGAAAAUAAAACAGGUCUUGUAGUAGACUACCAUGUUCUGUCUAAGCACUGUCAUGUUUGUGCCAAGACAGGAAACUUUUUGAAACUAGAGGACCCUGUCAAGUACCAACUGUGGUACAAUGCACACAAACAGUCCUGUGAUAUAAAUCACUUUGGCUCUAGUGGAAGCAUGGAGCAGCAAGCUGCAGUGAUUAUGUGGUCACGGUCAGUUGAAAAAAAUGGCUUCAGGUAUAAAAGUGUCAUUUCAGAUGGAGACACAAAUACCAUAAAAGCCAUCCAUGAGCAAAACCCAUACCCUGACCUUGUUGUUGAAAAGAGAGAAUGCCUUAAUCAUGUUUCAAAAAGAUUGGGAACAGCUCUGAGGAAUGUGGUGGAUACAAAAAAAAAGCAAAAAAUAACUCUUGGUGGUAAUGGGAAAGGUAAACUUACCCAACCUAAAAUCAAUAAAUUGCAAAAGUAUUUUACAAAAGCAUUACGCUCAAGCACCACUAUUCCUCAGAUGCGAAAGGCAAUAUGGGCCACAUUUUAUCACUGUACAUCUUCGGAUGAUAAUCCUAUGCACAGUGACUGUCCUGCUGGCAAAUCUUCUUGGUGCUUUUACCAGAGAGCCUUGGCUAGAAACCAACCUGCAGGGUCACAUGAAAAAGAAAUGACAACAUUUCUUUCCCCCCUAGUGGCUGAGCAUAUUCGUCCUGUGUUUGAACGAAUGACACAGGAUGAAUUGUUACAACGCUGCAUCUUAGGGCAGACUCAAAAUGUCAAUGAGUCAAUUCAUGCUUUGAUAUGGAGUCGGUGCCCUAAGCAUUUAUUUGUGGGAAGAAAGAGACUUGAAGUCUCUGUAGGGGUAGGUGUUGGUGAGUUUAAUAUGGGCUCCAAGGCAUCCCAACUUUUCUUGAGCCACCUUAAUAUUAAGACUGGCAUACAGUCAAAGUCUUUGGGGCUCAAGAGAGAUUGUAACAGAAUCUCAAAAGCCCAGAGAUGCAUUGAAAAAAAUGAAACAAAAAGAAGGUUAUCAAGGAAGCAAGCAGAAGAACGUGAAAGGCAAAGAAUCGAACAACAGGAGGGUGGUCCCCAAUACAUCCCUGGUGGUGCAGACAUUUAAAUAUAUAUAUUUAAAUGAUUUUCCUAUUUUAUUUUAUUAACAAUGGUCAAUCCUUAUUAUUGUUAAAAUUAUUGUAUAGCCUUGUGUUAUUUACUGGGCAUUUUUUUUUUUGCUAAAAAAAAUAAAUUUUGGAUUGGUUAUGAUAUGGGGGGGGGGGGAGUUGGGGGGGGGGCAUUUUAAACUUUAAAAAUGUAAUAAUUUCUGUUUUCUUAACAUUUUAUUUCUAUGUCCUAUUGUUAAUUUGCUUAGAAAAAUACAUUUCAUUGUUGUGAAAAGUCAAAUGUCUCAUAUCUUUUGAGAAUAAACUUUAAAACCCAUUUUUCUCAAAAUAAAUUUUUUCAUGACAUACACAUUCUUGUUUUCUAUUUUUUUUUAAAUCUACUUGUCCUAUUGUAUUGUAAUUGUAUAUUUGUGUUAAUAUAUAUAUAUACUACAUAGUAACAGAGCCGAUUUUUAAAACAAUACCAAAAAAUUGAGAUAUUAACAAUUAAAGAAGCAUUUUUUAUCAAAUUUACCACCCGCAGAGCAUAAAAUUAACAGGAUUUCAAUAAAAAAAAUUUACUCCUAAGCCUGAUAGUAUUUUCAAAAAAGCUUCUGUUACUAUGUUAAACACAUAAUUAAGUAUUAAAAUGCAAAAUUUGAAUACUCUAACAAUAAUACUUUCAGAAAAAAAUCAAUUACAAAAUGGUCUUAAUUUUGCCCAUUUUAACCCAAAAAAGCCCGGUGGGGAAAAUUUAGCAAAUAAAAUUUAUUUUUUUCUUGUAAUAAUGACUAUCUAUACUUAUAGUCAUACUUUAAACAUAAUUUCAUUGUAAAAAAACAGUAAAUAAAAAAAAAGUUUCUGAAGGUAGACUACCCCCUUAAUUUCUUUAGAAUGUAUUUAGCCAUAAAACAACCAAGACUACUGGAAAAGACACUUUUUUUUUAGCCUCUUCACUCAGUUUAAAGAAAUUGAUUUAUCUUUUGUAAUAAUAUUGUCAAGAAGAUAAGAUUACUUCCAUUAUUCCUACAAUAUUAAAUUCACUUCAAAGCCCUAAUAGUUGGUACAAAGUAGCCUGUGUUUCAAAGCCGUGAUCGCUGGAAGCAAACUAUUGAAUGAAAAAUCUUUAUAUUUAGCCAUUUUCAUCUUCUAAAUAAGUUAUAAAGAUAAAUACUUAUUUAACCUGAUUUCAUCAGAAAAUAUUCACUAACCAUCUUUUAUGAAAGAUGAAAAAUAUGUGCUAGAGUAAUGCAUUAUAUAAUAAUCUGUAGGUCUGUGAACCAAAACCAUAUUGUUGAAAGAUACUUUUAAAGCUAUGUACUCCCUUUGUGAUAAAAACUAACAAAGACUUAUCAUUUUGUUAUCUGUUUUGCACUAAAAAAAAAAAACAGACCUUGAAAUUCCUUAGUUGUAAUUAAUAUAGAAGUUUCUACUUUGACUUGACAAAAGCACAUCAAGCUUAGCAAUGUCCUACUUAAAGGCAAUAGGGUAGAUGUGUGUUUAACUUCAAACUGCAAGAAUUAUUUUCUGUUAAAAUUGUGCUCUGUUUGGACAUGUUUGAGUUAAAUUACAUUGGUGGAUAUCAACUUCUGUAGUACUUCCUAAGUAAUGAGUGAUUAUUAUAAGAAUUGGCAAGUAUCUUACAGCUUAACACUGGAUGGGCUAAUAGUAGCUUUAGGAUAGUUGUUAUUAUGAUUCUUAAUCAUUUUUUUAAUAUGUUAUACAAUCUUUAACUGAAUAGUUCUCAUCAAUAAGUCUCAAAUUUGGAUAAUUUAUGACAGUGUUUCCCAAACUGUGUUCUGCGGAACCCUUGUGUUCUACAAGGCCUGAAUAAAUUUUCCAUGAACUACUGGAAUAAUUAGCGGGUAGGACACCACGUGAAUUAACUUCUCUAAAAAAAUUAGUAAAAGUGUUCAGCUAAAUACCCAGAAUGGCUAAGUAUUCCAUUAAGGAAGUUUGGGAAACACUGUUUUAUGGCAUCUGUAUCAGGAUGUAAUACAAUGUGAUGUUCUAUUUAAUAAUGUUUUAAUUUAUUCUAUUAAUAAUGGAAACAAGACUUGAUAUGACUGUAAACCCUUUAAAAUUGGAUUAAUAGCUAGUCGGACUAUUUAUGAAAACAGUAAAAAAAAUGAACUGAUGUAUACGCCAGAAGAGACCAACUAUUGACUUACAAGUCCAUCCUUGGAAGUCCUUGAGUUGAACCUCACUAAUCACACUCUUUAUGGUAAACAAUUUUGGUUUUAAAGGACUUAAAGACAUGAAUGUCAGAAGCUUACUUUAUGAAUGCCUUCUUUGUUGUGGUGUUGCACUGUACAAUAUAAAUACAGCCGUCUGUGUUCACACUCAUCCCAAAUUGAUGUUGAUAAAUUAUGCAUCCAAUAGAUAUUUUUAAGAAUAUAAAUAUAGUGUAGUCUUGUAUAAUUUCAAGUAAGUUCUUUUUUUUAAUUGUUGUUUCUACCUAUAUUCUAAAUCAGUAUAUGUUGACUGCAUCACUACAACAUUCAUUCUACAUGUAUCCCAGAUAGUUAUCCAUACAUGUAUAAAUAUAUAUCUACUUAUAGAGUGCUUAGGGAUUUCUUGUGUAUUUCAAAGUCAUUUAUACGUGUCUUUGAUUUACUUAGGUCAAUGUAUUGUAGUUUGUGUGCCAGUACAUGAAGUUUGUGUCAUAUAGCAUCAUGUUGUUUUAAAGGUAAUCCUUCAUUUUAGCUUGUAAAGUGUGAUAUUUCCUGACACAAUGAUAGUGUGCUCUGGAUGUGAAACAUGCAUUUAUAAUGUAUCCUGGGGUGGUGAAAGGAUUUUACUUGCAGUCAUUCAUGUCACUUCACUGUUCUUAUCUUAUUUAGUCAUGAUAUUAUGUCAUCUAAACCUUUAGGAUAUUAGGCUGAUGAUACAUUUCUCUCUACUAUCUAGCUAUUGUGUCACAGGGUGGGAAGUUAUUAGUAAUUCCUUAUGUAGUAUUUCAAAAUCUUGUCUUAGUUCAAACAGUAUUCCUAAUUUGUGUAUGGCCUCUGCAUUUAAGGGUAAAGCUGGUCUUUUCUAACUUAUUUUCUCUGUAUACUGGUCUGCCUAAAGCUUGAUUUAUUUAUCAAAUAUUUAAUGAGCAACAGUUGGAACAUAGGGUUUUAAAAAACGUUACAAGUGGCUAUUAAAUAAACUGACAAACAAGUUUAACUACAUUACUGUGGUCAAGAAAACAAGAGGGUAGUUGUAGCCUCAAUAGCAGGGCAUUAGCAUGGUUUGUUUUGAUAAAUGUUUUAUGUCAUGAAUGGUCAGUACUUAAUUCUAGUCAAGGACAUGAGAUGAAGUUCAUUCAUCAAUUGUGGUGACCUCUUCAAUAGUCAUAAAGUGGCUUGGAAUUUUUAUUUUAAGCAACUUUUUUGUUUUGUUCUUGUUUUUUUUUUUGUGUUUUUUUUUUAAACUCAAGACAUUUUUAAAUAUGUAUAGUUUUUUUUAACUAUAUUUUUUUUUAUUUUACAUGCUUUUUUUGAUGAGGAGAAAUUGAUUAUUCACUUUGGUCUAAAUCAGUUUUUGAGUAAGCAUGGAUUAGAAUGUAAAUUUACAGAAAUUAGACCAUUUGUUAAUUUCCUACAUUGGUAUCAUAGUAUCAUUGUUCUGACCAAUACACUUUAUAAAUUAUCAUUUUGUUUGUAUAUGUUCUUACGGACAUGCUAAGGUAUCCAGUUAAUGGCUACCAGAUGUUAAUGGAAAGCUUGAUUGAUCUCAAGCUUAUGGGAGUUGUUAUAGUUCAGUGCUGCAGUCAACAGCUAUCUACAUUGUAUAUAUAUACAUAUUGAUAUAUAAAUAUUUUUGUUUUCUCUGUAUGUAAAUGACUGUAAAUAUGUCCAUAUGGUCUGAAGACUUAUCUUGUGAGAACUACUGGUGAUGCAUGUAUUAUGUCUGUUGUUUCUGCACAUACCAUUACAUAAUUCAGUACACAAACUCUUUAACAUGGAGUGGGUGUAGAUGUACAAAGCAUUCAAGCAAAACAAAAAAAUGCCUAUGCAUUGAGCACAUCUAGUGGCGUUAUCUGUGUUGAAGUAAACAUAAUGAAAUCAUG